AUCAAUCACAGUAACACCUGAACGGUGCCAAGUAUUUUCCACCAACAUGAUUUAAUCAACUUUGUUAGGCAGGCCCGUUCGAUGCUCACGCCACUGCACCUAUAUUAUACGGACAGCAUCCCCUUACUUCCAACACGAAGAUAUCAUUACCCCGACACUAUUCGUAAAAUAUUUACUUAUAUGACAUCCAGAGUGCACCCCAUUAGCAUCUUAGCUACCAUUGGGCUUGCACGCCUAGCCGCUACCGCCGCCGUUUUUCCAAUCAACCAGCGGGACGAUAUCACGUACGACAAGGCCUACCGCAUCCUUAUUACCAAGAACAGCGACUACACCGACCUAGACUAUGAUAGCGUUGUGCCCGGCUUCGAACUCGAGUCGCAGUCGCGCUACUGGUUCAGCUACCAGAUUGGCGGAACUUAUGGUCAGAACAUAGCCAUAGCAUCACAACGCAUAGGGCCGGUUUUCUACGAGCAGUUGAUACAUAUCGGACAAAGCACUACGUGGCAAAGCUACACAGACAAUGAGAAACAUUACCGACUGUCGCCAAAAGUGCAGUAUCUCAAAGAGUUUGAUCCGGACUAUCCGGAAGAACACAACGUCUUCGUGAACAGAAACGGUGACAUGGACAUCGGCGCCGCCCCAACACACCCUCCUUCGGUCUGGGGUCCUGCCCCCGGAACCUGGCUCGUAUGCCAGCGAAAUUUCCUACACCACAAUGUGCUUGCCAUUCGGUAUGCCUACCAGGUGCUGAACGAGACUCAGAAUAUUCCUGGUGGUUGCGUGCCUGUUACGCUGGAGACGAUAUGUGCGCCGCUGGAGCCGGCGUCUCACAACCGCACGUGGAACCACGAGGAAAUUCUGGAAGCGCCCUGCGUUAAGCCUUACUGA